AAAUUUCUUUUUAUGGAUACUCUUUGAGCGUUUUUUUGAGUAUCCCGGGCUUUGGUGUGGUAGUUUAGUGCCUUACUUAGAAUUAGCAUUCAUAUAAAAAUAUAUCUGAUGAUAUGUUGCACAUGAUCGACAGAACAGAGACGUUUUAAAAAACUCCUACAUCAGCAUUCAUCUUUUAUGUCAAAACCAAGAGUAAUCAAAGAGUUAUCCACACCGACGGGUUCAACGAUUGCUUGUCAACCCCUUGGGGGAUGUGAAUAUCCCUCCCAAAGGGCUGACUUUGGAAAAAAAGGUAUUGUAUAUCCACAUCAAACAGUUCCAACAAAAAGCAGCAAUAUAAAUCAAAACCCAGUAUGGAUUUCAACCACUUCUCGUCCUGGAGUGAGUGGCUUCAACGCAAUGUCUCCAAGAGGGCGGCGUACUCUUUCCCCACCCCAACCUCCACCUCUACCUCCUCCUCCACCUAGUCCGCAACUUGUGCCUUUAAAAGCUCGUUUAGCAAGAUCCAAAUCAACUGCUACAAGACCAGUAACCACUCGUCCGGAUUAUUGCCAAAGGCUUCGUAAAGCUAGUGAUGGUGGAGCUCCUACUCGCCUUACAAAUUCAAGUUCAGUUCGUACAAGAUCUACCUCAGAAUUGCGAUCAAGAAUUGAAGCUAAAGAUGAACCUUCAGAAAUUCAUACAGGGAGUGUGGAAUCAAGUGAGGAAAAACCAAGUGUAUCGACAGUUAACCCGAGUGCUUUCCUUCCUAUUGCUCAUCCUACUGAACGUAGUCCUGUUUAUGUCUGCCUUGCCAAUGUUGCCUUUUUAAGUUUAUCACUAUUGGUUACUAGUAUAUUUUCUAUUGUCUUUCUACCAUUUUGCCUGAUUGCUUGCCUUGUAAGACGUACUGGCAUCUGGAUUGCUAAUGUCAUCCAAUAUACCACAUGUUGUCAAUGCGGAGGAUUUCUUAUUUCUAAUAAUACGAAUCCUAUAAUUGAAUCAAUAAUGUCACGUUUGUCAGUCAGCUUGAAUUCCAAUAAAAGAUGUCAUUGUUUUACUGAUAAACAAUUAGAAAAUCGUUAUAGCAACUCAUUGAAAGCUCUUUCAUCUGCUGAACUUCGAUGGCUUCCAGCUCUUGAAUAUAAAUAUGAACUUGAUUGGAAUGGAACUAACUGUGCUACUUUGUAUUGUUCAGGUUAUUCACCUACAGUGAUUAUAUGCUUGAGAUUUGGUGCACCGGGAUUAAAAUUAGUACGCUUGCGUGAGUUGAUCAGUAACCGUUUACUCUCUCGGCCUUUUGAUUGUUCAUCAGUUGCUUCAUCUCCAAGGGGUUCUUGUUUAACAGACAAAGGAUGUUCGGAUACUAGCAAAAGACGCUGUGAAAGUUCAUAUAUCCCACCUUCGGAUGCUAGAUCGCGCUUGACACAAUGUCUAACAUAUAUAUCAACUGGAUAUGCAUGGAGAGAAUGUAUGGCAUUUCAACUUGAAGAACAUGUAGUCCGAUUGUCUUCUAUUCAGACAAAAUCAGAAAUUAAUUCAUCACGAUCAUAUGGAUCAAAGUGGGAAGAUAAGCACUCGGCAAACCCAAAGAUGGUUAACUUGGAAGUGCUUCUUAAUGAACUGAGUAGUCUACCUUUGAGACUUGAUCGGCCACUUUGGAAGGCUCAUUUGAUGGAACACUUCUAUGAGAAUGAUUGUGAUGAAACAACAGAACCGUCAGAUAUUGAAAGUGAUGCUGAUUCUGAUGAAUCUAACACAUGCAAAACAUCACAUUCUAGUCGUAAACCUAUGAAUAAUAAUACAGAAAAAUUGAAUAAAACAAAAAAGUGUUUAAUAAAUAAUUAUAAUCAAACAUAUACUACUAAUAAUAAUGAUAGUAAGAGAAAUUUAAAUUCAUUUGUAUGUCGACGUUCUGGUUCAUCAGGUGUUGGAAGUUUAUUGAUUUUUCAAUUUCAUGCAGCUUUAUCAGAUGAUGGUAAAGCAUUAGUUCAUAUGGUCACAAAUUGUUUAGCUGAUUUACCCAGUCGUACACAAACACCACAACAUUCACCAAAUAAACAAACACCAAUUCAUACAGCAUCAUCCAUAAACGAUCAACUUAAUGAAACAAUCAUAAAUCAAUCAACAUCAGGAGCAAUUACAGCCACAUUGUCAUCGCCAUCAUCAUCUUCAUGUGAUAAUAGAAGAAAAUGGAGAGGACAAAAUGUCAUCAGUGGAAAUUAUAGUGAUACAAAUGAGAAUAAUACUAAUACUGGUAAUAAUAACAAUAAUAUACAAAAUGAUGCAUCUCUAUCCAAUAAAAAUGCGUCCAAAUGGUCUACUACAAUGAAAUCAUCUCGUAAUUCUACUUCACCAUAUAACUCAACCUCAUUUUACCAUUCAUGUGACUUAUCUAAGACUACACUAAUAAAUGAACAACAAUCUCAAUUAAAUAACUUAAAUAUAUCAAUUAAUAAUAAAUAUCAAUUGAAUACAUUUACGAAAUUCAAUUCAAAUCAAAUACAAUCAAAACCUAAUCAGAAUGAACGAUUAUCUAAUAGUGCAUCAUCAAAUUCUUCCAUCACAACAACAACAACAACGACUAGCACAUCUACCGCAGAUUCAUUGUUAGACGAUGAAGAUUCAGAGGAAUCAGAAGCUGCACAAUGGUGGUAUACAUUUUGGGCAAGUUCAUUGGCUACAAUAGCUACUGUUUGUGAUAUAUUAAGAGUAUUGAUUACUGGACCAACUAUCAUUUUUCAUAAAUAUUUUAUUACUAAUGCUGAUAUGGGUUUAAUUACAAAACAUCAAAAUGUUAAACAAUCUAAAUUAAUAAAUAAUAAAAACAAUCAAAGUAAUAAUAGUAAUCUCAACGAAGAUAUCAAAACUGUUCACAAAUGUGCCUUAUUAUCAUUAGCAAAAUUAAGUCGUCUACGUCAAAUUACUAAAGCAUCUUAUUCAGAGUUAAUUUUAAGUUUAUUAGCUGGAGCAUUACGUGGUUAUCAUCAGACGAUGGGAUUUAAACAUCCUCCUGAUUUGUUAGCAUUUUUAUCAACUGAAGUACCUGUUUUACCAAAUUGUCAUUUGAAUACUUCAUCAGUAUCUGUUUCCAAUUGUAACAAUAUUGAAGAUCCACCAUGUACAACUUUAUCACGUGUUCUAAAUAUAACUCAAAGAGUUAGAACAAGUAGUAAUCUUGAUUUUCUGAAUAUUUCUCCGUGUCGUCAACAACAACGAAUACAUCAUGAUAAUAAUACAGUGGAAACUGGCUUACUAGGAAAUACAAAUCGAAUGGUAGCUUUAGGUUCAUCGAAUACCACCUCCAUAAAUGCAACACGAAGUUUAUGCCCAGGUAGAAAUGUAUUAACUGAAUUUUGUUUACCAAUUAAUACAGAAGGUAUGUUACCUAGAUUAUGGGAGACAAAACAACGUCUAACUGAAGUGAAUACUUCAGUCGAUUCCUUAUGUUUAGCAUGGGCACGUACAGCAUUGUAUACUUUAAUGCCACAUUCUGUGGCAAAAUGGAUUGAAACAACAUAUGGUGGACCAGCGAAAGCCAGUGUAACUAUAACUGGUGUUGAAGUAAUAUCACCAUUUACUACUUCAACAACUGCCACUAAUACAACUUCUUCAAAUUUGUCGAAAAUUACAGAUUCCAAUUACUCCUAUCAAAUGCCUAAAUCAAGACGACUAGCAUAUAUGUCUUUAUUAGCUAAUAAAUCUUCGGAUGCUCGUAUACUACGUCAAAGAUUGAGAAGACGUCUUCCACGAAGAACAACAACAGCAACAUCAUCAGUUUAUCCACCUCGUUUAGGAACAAGUUUCCGUGCAUUAGCUCGUCAUUUAGUGAAUGCUAAUGCUGGAAUUAUGUAUAUAGCUGGCUGUCCUAUUAUUCGUAUUGAUACUUGGAUGCCGUCACCAGUGAAUAUACCAUCAGAAUUUAUUGCAAACAAUCACUCACCUGAAUUAAAUAAUGGAAUUAAUAACUCUGCUUCCAAUGAAACCAUUGUACAUAUUUGUCGUGAUUUAUGUGUCACGUUUACAACAUAUGCCGGACAAUUAUCUUUGACAUUUUCUGCAAGUUCAAAACAAUCUAUUCAUCCAAAUUUGGAUUUAAUUAUAUCAGGUAUUAAAUCACAGCUUAACAAAAUGUGUCAACUACUUUCUGGACGUCAUGUACCUAGUAUGACAAGUCGUUGGUUACGUCAUAGUUCAAAUGUUGAGUCGUCUGUAUCCGCACUGUCUGCAAUCAGUAUGAGUCCAUCAUUAAAUCCAAGUCUAGUGUUACAUAAUGAAAUAUCAUCGAUAAAUGAAAAAGCAAACCUUACUACCACUACUAAUUCUUCUUGUUCAAUAUUUAAAAUGUCAACUGAUAAUCCACCUACUAAUCUGAUGGAUGAACUAAACUCUCCUAAGGAAGACAUUUCAUCAUGUAAACAAUUAACUUCAGAAUACAUGUCAUAUAAUUCUAGUGUUUGUCAGUUUACGCAAUCUAAUGGUAAGAUUAAUAAAGCGCAGCCUCUGUCGUGUUCAUCAGAUGGAAGGAAAUCAAUUCCACCUUAUCAAGCUGGUCAACCUAUUGAACAGCUUCAAGAGCAACUUCGAUGGGUUCAAAGACAACUGGAGGAAUCUUCCAACGUUAAAAAUAUGGUCGGGUCUCCAACAACAAAUAACUUGAGAUUGGCAAAAUUACGCAGUGAAUUCUGUAUCCUACUUAGACAGUUGAAACAACGAUGCAGUCAAGGUGAACUAGGGAUCGAUUCUUCUCUAAGUGAUUUGAACAAUGAAUUUCAUGAUAUGUCUUGUGAGUCCAAAUUAAACUGUGCUUCAAUAUCAAGAUCAGGAAACUCAUCACCACAAAAAUCCGCACAGACCACAUCAGGCUAUCCUUGCCUUAGCGGUCAGUUCAAUGUAAAUCCAUUUAAACUGGAACAAAAUCCCACAGUUAAACGUUCAAUGACUACUGGAGACUUUGAUGAAGACCCAGACUUUUACAUCACAGGACAGCCAGAAGUUGAUGAUUUUGAGGAUAUCGACUCCAGUGAGUCAGAAUUCGCCUUGAAGGAUGCCUCGAAUGUGAUAUCUGACUUAUUUACAGCGACCCAUAACUCAAAUGUAAACGAAUCUAUGAAGGAUUACAAUAACCUAAACGAUCCAUACAAACAAAAUACAAUUAACGGUAAUGAAGGUGAAUUGCGUAAAAAGUGCAAACGCAAUCGAAAGAACAUAUUCACCUCUGGGCGACGUCGUCCCUCAAAAAUAGCAGCGGAAGUGAUUAGCGUAAACUUCAUGCCUAGUCGCCGUGGUUCGCUAAUGGCACACUCUGCCGUUCAAGGACACAAUAAAAGCAAAAGCUUACUAACUCAGUUCAUGAACACUGUAACCAAGGGUUCAACUUCCAAAUUGCCAAGAGAAUGAUGUUCAUUAGUCGACAGAUAUACGCACUUCAUAAGUCGUUAUCGAUUAAAGCGCCAUACUACAGAACAGAGAGGAUACUUGGUAAAUACGCUAAUUUCUACACAGUACCCACUGUAUAUAGUGUUGUUCAGAAACAAAUUUUAAGAAUGUAUAGUAAUGCAAUUUGAACGGAUAAAACAUACCCCUCCUACUAAAAACCCGAGCUUAUUUAGCAUUCAUUCAAGAAAUAAAUCAUUUAUACAA